CGACGAUCGAGUGCGAGCUGAAUUCAGACAGACCGCCGCCGCAAAGCCAAGCAGGACACGCAAGCACUCAGCCAUGGAGGGAUCCGCAGCAGAUGGGCCGCUCCGCACGCGCGUAUGCAUCAUCGGGAGCGGCCCCGCCGCGCACACGGCGGCCAUGUACGCGGCCCGCGCGGACCUCAAGCCCGUGCUGUUCGAGGGCUGGAUGGCCAACGGCGUGGCCGCGGGCGGGCAGCUCACCACCACCACCGUCGUGGAGAACUUCCCGGGCUUCCCCGCGGGCAUCAUGGGCCGCGACCUCAUGAAGCGCUGCCGCGACCAGUCGCAGCGCUUCGGCACCCGCAUCCUCACCGAGACCGUCACCGCCGUCGACCUCUCGGCCCGGCCCUUCCGUGUCGUCGCCUCCGACAAGUCCACGACCGUGCUCGCCGACGCCGUCAUCGUGGCCACAGGAGCCGUCGCCCGGCGCCUCGACUUCCCCGGGUCCGACACGUACUGGAACCACGGCAUCUCCGCCUGCGCCGUGUGCGACGGCCCGGCCCCGAUAUUCCGCGACAGGCCGCUCGCCGUCGUGGGCGGCGGCGACUCCGCCAUGGAGGAGUCCAGCUUCCUGACCAAGUACGGCUCCCGCGUCUACAUCGUCCACCGCCGGAGCACGUUCCGGGCUUCCAAGAUCAUGCAGGACAUGGUGCUCAAGAACCCCAAGAUCCAGGUCGUCUGGAACUCGGUGGUUGUCGGGGCCUUCGGCGGCGCGGACGGGGACGGUGGCCGGCCGUUGUUGGCUGGCGUCAAGGUCGAGAACCUGGUGAGUGGCGAGGUCAAGGAUCUCCAGGUGGCUGGCCUCUUCUUCGCCAUCGGGCACACGCCGGCGACGGAGUUCCUCGGUGGGCAGCUCCAGCUGGACUCGCCUUCUGGAUACGUGGUGACCAAGCCGGACUCCACCCACACUAGCGUGAAGGGGGUCUUCGCUGCUGGCGACGUGCAGGACAAGAAGUAUCGCCAGGCCAUUACUGCCGCCGGAUCUGGGUGCAUGGCCGCUUUGGAUGUUGAGCACUAUCUGCAGGAGGUCGCGGUCGUCGGUGCACAGGAGGGCAAGUCUGUUCAGCCGUUGACGAUGCUGGAAUAAGCCGCAGGCUUAGGGCUAGUUUGGUGGAUCGGGAAAUGGAGGGAAUCUAUGGGAGAGAGAUUCUCUUAAUAUUUAUUUAAUUUUGAAUAAUAAGGGAUCCGUUCCUAUGGAUCCUAUCCAUUUUCAUAUCCAACAAACCAGUCAUUAGGAGUGGCACGCCAUGGGUUGUCAUGAUGAUUGGAAAUAAAAAAUAGAAUAAUCACGCACGC